UUUUCCCCAGAGACGUGGAGCCAUUUCCUACGACAGUUCUGACCAGACCGCGCUAUACAUUCGUAUGCUCGGAGAUGUCCGCGUAAGGAGCCGAGCAGGAUUUGAAGCAGAAAGAAGAGGUUCCCACCCAUAUAUCGACUUCCGUGUUUUCCACUCUCAAUCUGAAAUUGAAGCCUCAGUCUCCGCCAGGAACAUCAGAAGACUCCUAAGCUUCCAGCGCUAUCUCAGAUCCUCGCGCUUUUUCCGGGGCGCCACAGUCUCUAGUUCUCUAAACAUUCUAGAUGACGACUAUAACGGACAAGCCAAGUGUAUGCUGGACAAGGUUGGGAACUGGAAUUUCGAUAUCUUUCUGUUUGAUAGACUAACAAAUGGAAAUAGUCUAGUAAGUUUAACCUUUCAUUUAUUUAGUCUUCAUGGAUUGAUUGAGUACUUCCAUUUAGAUAUGGUGAAACUCCGUCGUUUUUUAGUUAUGAUUCAAGAAGAUUACCACAGUCAAAAUCCUUACCACAAUGCAGUCCAUGCUGCGGAUGUUACUCAGGCCAUGCACUGUUACCUAAAGGAACCUAAGCUUGCCAAUUCUGUAACUCCUUGGGAUAUCUUGCUGAGCUUAAUUGCAGCUGCCACUCAUGAUCUGGAUCACCCAGGUGUUAAUCAGCCUUUCCUUAUUAAAACCAACCAUUAUUUGGCAACUUUAUACAAGAAUACCUCAGUCUUGGAAAACCACCACUGGAGAUCGGCAGUGGGCUUGUUGAGAGAAUCUGGUUUGUUCUCACAUUUGCCAUUGGAGAGCAGGCAGCAGAUGGAGACCCAGAUAGGUGCUUUGAUACUAGCCACAGACAUCAGCCGGCAGAACGAGUACCUGUCAUUGUUUAGAUCUCACCUGGACAGAGGUGACUUACACCUUGACGAUGGCAGACAUAGGCAUUUGGUUCUACAGAUGGCCUUGAAAUGCGCUGACAUCUGUAACCCCUGUCGGAACUGGGAGCUAAGCAAGCAGUGGAGUGAAAAAGUGACGGAGGAAUUCUUCCACCAAGGAGAUAUAGAAAAGAAGCACCAUUUGGGUGUGAGUCCGCUUUGCGACCGUCAGACUGAGUCUGUUGCCGACAUCCAGAUUGGGUUUAUGACCUACCUGGUGGAGCCGUUAUUUACAGAGUGGGCCAGGUUUUCGGAUACAAGGCUGUCACAGACAAUGCUCGGACACGUGGGGCUGAAUAAAGCCAGCUGGAAGGGACUGCAGAGACAACAGCCCGGCAGCGAGGAUGCGAAUGCUGCCUUUCAGUUGAACUCACAGUUAUUAACUCAGGAAAAUCGGUUAUCCUAACCCUGAACCAGUGGGACAAGCUCCCUCCUGCAAGAUUGUGGAAAUGUGAAAGGGGUCUUGAGGUGAAAAAUGGUUUCCAAGGAAAUGAUGCCAGCAUUAUUUAUUAUUGAGGUUUCUUCUGUUGGAUCAUUUGGGCCCACUUUUUAAUAAGACCCGAAUACACAGCAAUAUGCAUCUGGCUUUUGUGUGAAACCUUGAAUAUACAAAGCUCAGCAGGUGAACCAGAAAGGAAGAUUUGCUACACGUUCCCAAGGCGUGUAUCCUUCAAGCCCCGAAACUUGAACUGAAUCUCAGCAGAAUCUCGAUCUGACCUGCCCGCUUCCACAGAGCAUCUGCCCCUUCCACUAUGUUCUCUCUGAGAAAACAGAAAUGUGAAGCGCCCAGCCUCUGCUGCCUCUGGCAAGACUCAAUGUUUACAAACCAACUCUGAAAUACUGGUUCUAAAUUGCCUUGGAGCAUGAUUGUGAAGGAACCACUGAGACAUUCACAGCUCCAGCUGGAGACUGCAGCUCUCAGGUGGUUUGCCCUUUUCUUCUUUGGAAGCCCUCAGAGCCUCCCGUUCCUUCACUGUUUUGUCUUUUGCGCUGGAGAGGGAGCGUUGGUCACAGAGCACCAGGCACUUCACUCCAGUGCUGUUUGGCAAUGCAGAUUUUUAACUUUAGUUUUUCCUCUGGGGCGGGAGGGCCGGAACACCAGGACCCAGCUGUGUCCUGACUCUGAAGACACUGCAUGUUGUUUUCACUACUGUACACGUGACCUGCACAUGCAAGGAAAAGGUGGAAUGUCUAACACACCAUAAUCAGCUCAGGGUAUUUGCCGAUCUGAAAUAAAGUGGGAUGGGGAAGUGUGUCCUUCAGACCAAGGGAACUACAGUCCCUUUCGCUGCAGUGCGUGAGAGGUAUGUUGUGUGACUGCGUGUGUGUGUAUACGUGCAUGUUUGUGCAUGUCUGGCUGUGCAUGUUCUGUCCAUCCGUGUGGGAAAGGAUUGGAAAUGUAAGUUUUUAUUUAUUGUUCGAGAAUGUGACCUAGUGAGCAGCCACACUUGGGGAGGGAAGUAGGCGAAGCUGUAAGAUUGCUCCAGGUGCCUUCAACUAUGCACAAAGCUAAGUGACCAAACUUCUCGUUUUGAUUUGAAAAGUGCAUUGUUUCUUGUCCCUCCCUCUGAUGAAACGUUACGCUUUGGUGGGCCUUUUGAUGUGAAUACAUGUUUUCUAGGAUAAAAUUUAAGGACUAAUUUUAGACAAAACAUUCCACUUUUGUAAUUUGUUUUCAAUGAUUUUAUGUACAGCAAGCACAACUGUAAUCUAGUUUAAGAGAAACGGUGCUUUCUUUAGUUAAUUUGUAUUUCCCUGUUACUGUAAAGACUUUAUUAUGUUUACAGUUGCAACAGCCAUCUUGGGAGGAAGCUUGAGUGUAAAGCCAUUUGUAAAAGGCUUUGCCAUACUCAUUUAAACAUGUGCCUGUUGCUGUUAACUUUUGAUGAAUAAAAAUUGGUCUUUUCUCCUUUUUA